AAAGAAUUGAAUGAAGAUGAAGAUGAGGAGGAAGAUGAAGAGGAAGAUGAAGAGGAAGAUGAAGAGGAAGAUGAGGAGGAAGAUGAAGAGGAAGAUGAAGAGGAAGAUGAAGAGGAAGAGGAAGACGAGGAAGUUGUAUAUGAAGAAAAUAUCAAAGAAAAUAAAGAUGACAUAGAUUAUAAUGAUGAUAAAUAUGAUAAGAAUUAUGAGCAUGAUGAAAAAAAGGAAAAGAUAUUUUAUAAGCAAAAUGGAGAUGAUCAUGAUGAAAACAACUACGAAUUAAUUCAAGAUUAUUAUUAUGAAGAAAAAAAGAAUAAUAUAUAUAAUAAAAAUCAUACUAUACAAUAUGAAAAGAAUAAUAAUAUUGAUAAGACUAAAUUUAGUAAUAAUAUAUAUACACCUAAGUUUGAUAAUUAUAUGGAUUAUAAAGGGAAUAUAAAAGAACAUACAGCAAAUAAUAUUAAAGAUCAAUUAUUGCUUUUUAAUAUUGAUAAAACUAUGAAGGACGAAAUUUUAACAAGUAAUAAAAUAAAUAAAGAUAAAAGUAGUGAUGAUAUUAUUAAUAGUAACAAAACAUAUAAUGAGGAAAAAAAAUUAUAUACUUCAACCACAGGUAUACAUAAGAAUAAUAUGGGUGAUAAAUUACAAGAUGAUACAUUUUAUUUUAAAUUAUUAAAUAAGAAUAAAUAUUAUAUGAAUAAUGUUAAUGAAAAUUUCGAUAUAUAUUAUAUAUUAUAUAAUAUAGAAAAUGUUGAACAACUAUUUAAGAAAAUAAAAGAAAACAAUUUCUUGUUGUUUAACAUGAAAAAUUGUAUUCGUAUGUUUAUACUCUUCAGGGAUUUAUAUGUGAAAGAGGAAAACGGUUACAAUAUUAUAAAAAGUCAAAAUAAUACUACAACAAUAACUACUACUAAUAAUGAUGAUAGGAAUGAUAGUAGUGAAAAUAAUAAUAAUAAUAAUAAUAAUAAUAAUAAUUAUAAUUCUGUCAUAUUUUCAACAAAUGAAAAAAUUUAUGAUAUGCUAAAUAGGGAUAAUAAUAUAUACAAAAAGGUAAAGAAAGAAAUAUUUGAGGGUGAUUCGAGAAUUAAGACAAUAGAAAAUAAACCGAACUUAACAAAUAAAAAUUAUAUAAAUAAUGACAAUAUUGAUAAUAAUAAUAUUAAUGGUGAUAAUAUUUAUAAUGAUGAUCUUAAGAAAUAUUAUUUGAAUACUUCUAUAUUUAAUAAAGACUUAUAUGUAAAACAUUUUGUAGAUAUUAUUAUGAACAGAAGUUUGAAAGAAAUUAUAAAAAUGAAUGAAUAUAUAUCAGAAAAAAUUAAUACUUUAUUAUUUCACAAAGGGAAUAUGUUAAAUGAUGUUACAAAAUUAUAUAUGUCUAAUGCAUAUGGUGAAAAAUGUUUUUUUUUUAAUUUUCCACAAAUAAAAGAAAUAAUAUUUGUAAAUGAAUAUGAAAAAAAAAUGGAUAUGAAAUAUUUUAAAAUGUUAAAAAAAAUAUAUAAAUAUAAUUUAAAUAAAAUUUUCAGUAAUAAUUAUAAGUUUUUUAUAAUUAAAAAAAAAAAAAAAUUAAAAAAAUUAUGUUAUAUUAUGAAAAGUUUCCAUCCACAUAUAUUAGAUGAAUUCUGGUUUAAUUUAUCAUGUCAAAAUGAAAUAAAAAAUAUAUAUUAUAAAAAUUUACAUUUUGUUAUUAGUUUACAUAAUUCAUCAAUUAUAGAUUUUAAAAUAAUUAAUCAUUUUAUAUUAAAUAAAAUAUUUGAAAAUAUAUCCAUCAAUUGUACUACCUCAAGUAUGUAUUAUAAUAUAAAAACGAUAGAUUUUAUCUCAUAUAGAAAUUUGUAUCUUUUAAAAAAUUAUACAAUGCAUGAUCUUAUUUAUAAAUAUAUUAUAUAUUAUUAUUGUAGAAAAAAAUUAAAAAGAAAAAAUUUUCAUUAUUUUAAUUAUCAAGAUUUAUAUAUAGCUGAAAACUAUUUUGGUCUUAACACACAUACCAAGAAGGUACCCAACAUGUUAGAUCAAAAUCUAGGAAAAAAAAGUGCCAUAGUAACAGUAGAGAGAUAA